UUUAUUAAAAUGAAAAAGGAAAAGCAAUAAAAACCUCUAAAACCCCUUUCUCUCUCCCAAAACCACAAUCCAAUGCGGUGUCGGAAACUACCCAAUUUCGCUUGAUUUUAGCUCUCCGGCGAACAAUCUACAGUAAUGGAAAUAGCAACAGUUCAAUGCCGAUCAACUCCUCACCAUUUCCCACCAGAAAACCUAUUUCUUCUCCGAAGAACGAACCUCUCCACCUUAUCUUAUCGCAAUUCCAGCCCCAACCUUUCCCGUCGAAAGAGGUCCGUAAUAUCAGCCUCUUCGUCUUCUUCUAGUGGGCCUCAGGGCUUCUCCUGGCUGCGCCUUUCACAGUCAAUUCGUCGCGGUUCUCUUAGAUUUUUCCAGAAUUUGGGCGAUUCCGUGAAGAAAGAAACCGGGUUCAAUGUGGACGAUGUUCUGGUUAGAUUUGACGGGUUAUCGGGUAGGGCAGGAAACUCGGCCCGGAAUGCCCAGGACUCUCUUCAACGAGUAAACUCCGAGCUGCUGCCUCAGUUUGUUACUUGGAAUAAAUGGGAAAAAUGGAAGGAUAUAAAGAACUGGGAACCAAGAAGAUUAGGUGUGUUGGUAUUAUAUAUUUUUGUCACUAUUUUUUCCGGUCUAAGUAUAUAUAAAGCAAUCCGAGCUCCUAUUAUUGAGCGUGAAAGAAGGGAAUUGACUGAGGCGUACAUGGACGCAUUGAUUCCUGAGCCUACACCGACUAAUGUGAGAAAAUUCAAACAAGGUUUAUGGAGGAAGGCUAACCCUAAAGGCAUGAAACUCAAGAAGUUUGUCGAAGGACCUGAUGGCACACUUGUUCACGAUAGUUCUUUUGUUGGGGAAAAUGCAUGGGAAGAUGACACUGGAAAAGCCCAAGGCAGCAUGAAAGAAAUAAUAGAACAAGACACAAAAUUGAACAUGGAUGAUAAAAAGGUUCUCCAAGAAGAGUUAGGUUUAUCAGGGGAUGCUGGAGGAACAUGGCGUGAUAGACUCGCGGCCUGGAAAGGAAUUCUUAAGAAGGAAGAGCUAGGUGAACAACUCAGUUCAUUAAAUUCCAAAUAUGUGGUGGAAUUUGACAUGAAGGAAGUUGAGAACAGUCUUCGAAAAGAUGUAGUCGAGAAGGCUAGAAAUGCACAAGGAACAAGGGCUUUGUGGAUUUCCAAGAGAUGGUGGCGCUACCGUCCAAAACUUCCUUAUACUUAUUUCCUUCAAAAACUUGAUUCCUCUGAGGUUGAAGCAGUUGUUUUUACAGAGGAUCUCAAAAGACUGUACAUUACCAUGAAAGAAGGAUUUCCUUUAGAAUAUAUUGUUGACAUCCCACUCGAUCCUUUCCUGUUUGAGGCAAUAACAGGUUCUGGAGUUGAAGUAGAACUUCUUCAGAAGCGUCAGAUCCAUUAUUUUCUGAAAGUUGUAUUUGCUCUGUUGCCUGGAAUACUAAUCUUGUGGUUCAUCAGGGAAUCUCUGAUGCUUCUUCAUAUUACCACAAACCGCCUUCUUUAUAAGAAAUACAAUCAGCUUUUUGAUAUGGCAUAUGCUGAAAACUUUAUUCUGCCAGUUGGUGAAGUUGGUGAAACGAAAUCUAUGUAUAAGGAUGUAGUAUUAGGAGGAGAUGUCUGGGAUCUUCUGGACGAAUUGAUGGUAUAUAUGGGAAACCCCAUGCAGUACUACGAGAAACAAGUGAAGUUUGUGCGAGGUGUGCUUCUGUCUGGACCUCCAGGAACAGGGAAAACCCUCUUUGCAAGAACAUUAGCAAAGGAAAGUGGGUUGCCUUUUGUUUUUGCUUCUGGUGCAGAGUUUACAGACAGUGAGAAAAGUGGUGCUGCAAGAAUCAAUGAACUAUUCUCAAUAGCAAGAAGAAAUGCUCCUGCUUUUGUAUUUGUGGAUGAGAUAGAUGCUAUUGCCGGAAGACAUGCUAGGAAGGAUCCACGAAGAAGAGCAACAUUUGAAGCAUUGAUUGCUCAGCUGGACGGAGACAAAGAAAAAACUGGUGUCGAUAGAUUCUCGCUGAGGCAAGCUGUUAUUUUCAUAUGUGCUACUAAUAGACCAGAUGAAUUGGACCUAGAAUUCGUUCGCGCCGGACGUAUCGAUCGACGUGUAUAUAUUGGGUUACCUGAUGCUAAACAACGAGUGCAAAUUUUUGGUGUUCAUAGUGCUGGGAAGGAGCUUGCUGAGGAUGUUGAUUUUGGAAAGGUUGUCUUCCGUACCGUUGGGUAUUCUGGAGCAGAUAUACGGAAUCUAGUCAAUGAAGCAGGAAUAAUGGCUGUCAGGAAUGGGCAUUCGAAGAUCUACCAGCAAGAUAUUGUUGAUGUAUUGGACAAACAGUUGCUUGAGGGAAUGGGUGUGCUUCUCACCGAGGAAGAGCAGCAGAAAUGUGAACUAAGUGUAUCGUUGGAAAAGAAAAGGCUUCUGGCAGUGCACGAAGCUGGUCACAUAGUGUUGGCUCACUUGUUCCCUCGAUUUGAUUGGCAUGCAUUUUCUCAGCUGCUACCUGGUGGAAAGGAGACUGCUGUGUCUGUGUUUUACCCUCGAGAAGAUAUUGUAGAUCAAGGUUAUACUACCUUCGGUUACAUGCAAAUGCAAAUGGUGGUUGCUCAUGGUGGUCGAUGUGCUGAGCGUAUUAUAUUUGGCGAUGACAUCACUGAUGGAGGAACAGACGAUCUCGAGAAAAUUACCAAGAUUGCUCGAGAAAUGGUAAUAAGCCCAAGAAAUCCUAGGCUGGGGCUCACUGCAUUGACAAAAAGAAUUGGGCUGGUUGAUCGACCAGAUAAUCCAGAUGGUGAAAGAAUAAGAUACAAGUGGGAUGAUCCUCAUGUGAUCCCUGCAAACAUGACAGUUGAAGUUUCUGAGCUUUUUAUGAGGGAAUUGACAAGGUACAUUGACGAGACAGAGGAACUUGCUAUGAAGGGACUGAGAGACAACAAGCAUAUAUUAGACGCGAUUGCCCAACAACUGUUGGACAAUUCAAGGAUAACUGGAUUGGAAGUGGAAGAAAGAAUGAAAGGAUUAUCACCAAUUAUGUUUGAAGAUUUUGUGAAGCCUUUCCAGAUUAACUUGGAAGAGGAGGGACCGAUGCCGCACAAUGAUCGUCUUAGAUAUCAGGCCCCCGAUAUCUAUCCUGCACCACUACACAGAUGUUGAUCUCUCAGUGCACUGAUCUUGUUUUUCAACCAGACUGAAGACAAUCACAGCUGUUUUUGGAUCAAUAGCUAAUAUAUAUGCUUAGUGAGCACCAACAUAUUUUUUGCGCAGAGAUUUAGGGUAGAAAGUUAAAAAGAAGAGUACUGACUGCCUCUGUAGAAUAUAUAGCUGCAGUUUUCCGUCGAACGGAGGUGGUGGAAAUUAUUAAUGUGAAUGGUUGUGACUA